AUGACCUUCCCGUCGCCCCCAGGCUCAAGCCCCGCACACUCGAUCAUCUUAGCCGUCCGUAUCCCUACUGGCACCGGGGGUAUGUGGUUCGCAACCAAGGAAGCGGCGCGCUCAAGAGAGCAUGCGGGCAAUACACAUGUCGGAAAGUGGCUGGGGGGGGAGCAUGCGAUCAAUGAUGGUCGAAAAUUGGCAAUGAUCGUUUGGGAUGCACACCUACAGCGACUCUCCGCCUACGUGCACACUCAUGGUCAAACUCAGACCUUGGACAACAAAGGAGGUUUGCCGGGGCCAAGCUGGAAGAGGGCGCGAUUCGUUGCGAGGUUCUUGGGCGAUCGGAGCAAAGGUUCUGUGGCGGAGGAGAGGGAGAGCUUCCUCGGGUUCCAUCAGAGUAACGAGGGAAACGACGACGACGACGAAUCUGAUGAGAUGAAGGGCGAGGACGAAGGCGACGGCGCUACUGUAUCAAUGAAGCUUGACGGAAGUAUUGUUGAUGAUGGGUCUCGAAGCCCGUGGGCACUCUGA